AUGUCAGAUCAAAGUGAUAGCCAGAACAAGUCUGAGGAGCAAGUUAACUUGAGUGAGGGCACUAGUCCCUGUGGCAGUUAUGAUGAGGGUAGCAGAAGCACCCCAAGCAACUUGCCCAAGGCAACAACCAGGACAAGGAGAAAGAGAAACUCAGAUUCUGAAGAUGAGGAUUAUGUUGCUCUUGAGGAGGAGGUCAGCUCCAAGAAGAAAGUUGUCAAGAAAGAAUUUGGCACUACAGCUUCAACCAAGCCUGGUCUGCACAAGAAAGCUCCUGCCAAGAGAGUGCCCAUGUCAAAAGCUAGAGCAUCAACUCAAGAGCAAGCUCAACCAGCAAGUGGAGCUGGAAAAGAAAAGAAGGAAAGGAAGAGAGGGAGAUGGUGCAAGCGUGUUGACCCCAUGGCUGAAUUUGAGAAGCACUCUUCAGAUGAAGAAGAGGAUGCUGCACCAGCAUCAAAGACACAAAAGUUGAUGGGGGAUGCCAUCAAGUUUGGGGCUGCUCCAUCAAAUCCCAAGCCUGCCCCCAAAGCUACAACUCAAGCUUCAAAGUCUGCACCCAAGAGAUCCACCAAAAAUAUACCAGCUGCUGAGAAGAACAAGGCCCUAGUGCCUGAAAUGGAAGAAAAAGAAGAUGAAGCCCAAGUGCUCAGAAAAUUAAAGCCAAAAAAUUCCUGA